UUAGAAAUUUAGUCAGGUUACGGCUUUAUUAUCUAUUUUCGUCUCUCGAUAGUAUGUAUGUGUGCAUCUUCCAUGUGAUUAAAAACAAAAGACGAUACAUGCAUCAUGUCGUGUAUUUAUCAUAUAUGAUUACUAUAUAAUUAAAAAGGAGAUGGAGAAACGUGCUACAUGUGUCAUCUCAUGUAUUUGUGUAUAUAUAUAUAAUUAAAAAAAGAGAGGGAGAGACGCGCUACGUGCGUCACCCCCAUGUAUUUUUUGGGUAUAUAUAUAUAUAUAUAUAUAUAUAUAUAUAUAUGAUCACCAAGCCUCUUAUUGUGCAUUUUGGUAGUUUGCAGUAGCGGGCAGAUCGAGUGCAUGGCGCUCGGGCUAGUCGUCGUGAAGCUGGCGCUAUGGCUGCUCGCGUCGUGCGCGGAGGCGGUGGCCACGGCGCUGCUCCGCGGCGCGGCGCUCCUCCUCCUCGCCGCCGCGCGGCUGCUCACGCUGCCGGGGAAGGCGGCCGACGCGGCGCUCGGCGCGGCCAGGGGCGCGGUCACCGCGGCCGUGGAGCUCACGGCCGGCGUCGUCCGCGACGCCGCGGCGUCCGUCGCGUCGGCGCUCCUCGAGGCGCUCUGGGGCGCGGUGGCCGGGGCCGCGGAGCUCGCGGCGUCGGCGGCCGCGGGGCUGGCGGAGGCGGCGCGGGACGGCGGCGAGGAGGCCGCCAGGGCCGUGGCGGCUGCGGUGGAGGGCGCGGCGGAGGUGGCGGCCGGGGCGGUGGCGAAGGUGUGGGAGAGCUACGUGGACGCUCUUGGCGCGCUUGUCCUCGAAAACCGCAGCUGAUGCAUGCAUAUAUUCGUAAGUGCAACGGCGGCUAUGUGCACAUAGGUAGGAGUAGUGAUUAACAUCGACAUUUUUCUUCGACAAAGUAUAGUAAUUGCAAAUUAGAUUUUGCAUGACACUUGAAUAUAGAAUUUUUCGAAUUGUAUGUCGAAAAAGUUAUGUAUAUACCGACCGAUAAUUUAUCGGCGUACAUAGAUCUUUCUUACCACUUGUCUGACACGGUAGGUUUGGAUCAUAGUGCAGUAAAAACAGAACAACAUUCAAAGGUUGGAGAACCGAUCGUACAAACUUUUUUGGUGGGGUAUCAUGUUUAUGUAAUAAGCUUAUUAUCAAUUACUAAGAGUUUUACGAUGA